AAAGUUAAUGAUCAAGUACAUGACUUGUUUGCACACUCACGAUAACCAGAAUUCCGAGUGUCGCAAGGAAUCGCAAGACUAUCUGGCUUGCCGAAUGGAGAAUAAUUUGAUGGCCAAGGAAGAUUGGUCCAAAUUAGGCUUUUAAUAUGAUUAAUAUACUAAUUUGUUGCACUGGCAGUGUAGCUACAAUAAAACUGCCUAGCCUUGUUCAACAACUUUUAAAAACUGAGAAAUUUAAGGUGCUAAUUAUUGCAACAGAACAUUCAACCAAAUUUUUUGAUAAAAAUGAUAUCCCAACUUCUGUUCAAAUCUACAAGGACAAGGAUGAAUGGACUGCAUGGAAUAAAAGGGGCGAUCCAAUUCUACAUAUUGAUCUAGGAAAAUGGGCUGAUAUUUUACUGAUUGCACCUUUAGAUGCCAAUACCUUAGCUAAAAUUGCAAAUGGAAUAUGUGAUAAUCUUCUUACUAGCACUGUAAGGGCUUGGGAUAUAUCAAAACCUCUUGUGUUUUGCCCCGCAAUGAACACCAAAAUGUAUAUUCAUCCAUUAACUAAGGAACAAAUUGAAAAAUUAUUAAGUUGGGGUUAUCAUUUAAUACCAGUGAUUGAGAAGACUUUGGUUUGUGGAGAUACUGGAGUAGGAGCAAUGGCAGAAGUUGAUACAAUUGUUUCCAGAGUCAGUGAUAUUGUAAAACGAAAUUAAGUAGUUAUUUGUAAAAUAAAUUUAAUAAACUGGGCA